AAUUUCAAACAUUUCCUUUAGCGCGUCUAACUAUUGGCUAUUAGCAUUUCGAGGAGCAGUAUUAUUCGAUGCACGCAGUCUUUUCGUGAAUAAAGGUAAGAUUAUAUUCUGUAAGGAAGAUGACAAGCCGGAUAUUAUGUACGUAAGAUUAAUUUGCUAUCAACAACAACAUAUAUUUCCGAUAUAUUUAUAUGUGAUCGAUGUAUUGAUUAGGUUACAUUCGUGUUUUUUUAACCGAUUUGUUACAAUCUACAUAUAUUUGAUAAUAAUCCAACAUGGUGAAUAUUUGAAAUGACUUCUAGUACGACCAUCUUCGCAUAAGACAUGGAACCAGUGACGUCAACAUUUGGCAAUGGUAGCUCAGCUGCCUCUAAUUCUAUUUCAACCAACAUGAUUGACUCUGCUACGAAUUCAACACAUGUUUUUGAGGAUGUUACAAAAUUCAUACCGACUCCAAGAUCAGUUUUUGAAACGACUGAAGUGGUUGGUAUAUUUAGAAAUACUACUUCACCUGUCAUAGAGGAUACCGAAAUCGGUUCUCUAAUAGAUUACAAUGCAAUCUUAGAGAGAGAAAAUCACAAGGAAGCGACGGCCUUGAUACCUGUGACGGUGUACCUGAUUAUUUUAAUGAUUAUUGGUAUCUUUGGAAAUCUCCUCGUUCUAUAUGUAUACAAGUUCCGUUUCAAACGUAGUACCUCUAGAGUUUUCAUCCUAAGUCUUGCUGUAUUUGAUCUCCUGACCUGUGUGCUGGGGAUGCCCUUCCACAUCAUGGACAUGAUAUAUCCAUUAAUGUUUCUGUGGGACGGUGCGUGUAAAUGUCUGGGAUUUGCUUUAUCAUUCACCAUCUUGGCGUCCAUAUUUGUUCUCGACUUGAUAGCCAUUGAUCGUUAUCGGAAGAUAUGUAUUCCGUUUCAAAAACAGUUGUCUGCAAAAGGAACUAAGAUCACAUGUUGGGUAGUUGCUUUAUUAUCUUUACUGCUAGCCACUCCGAUGCUGUUUAUUUACGGGUCUGUCGAAGCUGAUACUAAACAUCCAAAUGUGACUGGGAAGGAAUGCUAUAUUUCGGCUGAUAUGUGGGACUCGGAUUUUCCAAUGAUUUACAAUGCUAUAAACAUUUUGAUUUUCCUGGUUUCAGUUUUUAUUCUCACAGGACUAUAUAUCAAAGUGGGAAUCGUUGUGUGGCAGAGAAAAAGUUUUCACGAUUCACACUCAAGUAGAAAUGGAUCUAAGCGUUCAACUUCCGGAACUAGUACUCCGGACACAACUGUCAUUCAAAUGCACUCGAUAGUGGACGAUUCAAAACAAUCAGUUAAAUUUGACAAAGGAAGUCAAGAAAGCGCAGUUCAAUUGUUUAGUUCUAAACCCGCGAUAUUUAAAACUGACUCGGUUAGUUCAGCCUAUAAUUCACCAAGGACCAAAAGAAAGGAAGAGAGCAUGCACCGGAAGAAGUUAAAACGUCUGAUGUCGGAAUUAUCAAGCACGAGCGGGGACGAGGGUCCAUCUGAACGAGGAAACAGCAAAUUUAAUACUAAAAAGCAGAUGAGAACGAUUCGAAUAACAACCAUGCUUUUCCUCAUCACUUUGAUAUUCAUAAUUAGUUUCAUGCCAUAUUUGAUAAUCGAGGUUUUAAAUAGUCUUAAUGACGAAUUUUGGAAUGACAUGAGUAUGAGUGAAAUUGUUAUUUUCAAUUUUUUACUGCGGACCUAUUUCAUCAAUAACAUGGUUAAUCCUAUCAUUUACUGGUUUUUGGACAAAAAAUUCAAACAGGAAGUUAAGAAGUUUUUCCGAGAUAUCAGGAAAUGUAAAUGGUCCAGAACAUUCCGAUUGGACGCCAAAUCGCUUACAUCGUAAAAAGUGGUUUGAGAAAAAACAAACAUGACUUACAUACAAUAUCAAAAGCCUAUACCACUAUAUUACCAUUUAUUUUUCAUUUAUGCUUUAUCAUCUUUAUAUUGAAUUCCAUGAAUAUAUUUUAAGAUAACGAAAAUCAAAAAGUGGGAGAUGAUAUUUUAUAUCUGUGUCGUAACUUUUCAUCCAUUAUUCUUAUUUUUACUAACCGCUUAUGUAGACGCUAAACAACAAUAUUUUCACUGCUACAUACGAGUGUAUAUUAAAACCAAUUAAUCUGU